AUGAUUUACUUCGAGCGCCAAACCUCGCGCCUGUGCGGAGUGCACGCCAUAAACGCUCUCCUCCAAGGUCCCUUCUUUAGCGCCAGCGACCUCGCCGCGAUAGCCCGCGCUUUGGACGACGAAGAGCGUUCGUUACUCGACCAAUCUUCGCUCCGUCGCUCGAGCGGUUCGCACGCCGAGCGUUCCGAGAACGUUGGAGACGACGGUAACUUCAGCAUACAAGUGUUGUGCAAAGCUUUGGACGUGUUCGGGCUCAGCGCGCGGUACGCGUCCGCGGAUGAAGAGCGCGGGACGGACUCCGCGAAGGAGCUCGCGUUCGUCUGCAAUUUAUCCGAGCACUGGUUCGCGCUGCGGCGGCUGGGCGACGCCUGGUGGGACUUGAAUUCCAUGCACGCCGCGCCGAAAAAAAUCGGAACGUUCUAUUUGGACGCGUUUUUGAAUCAGUUGACCGCGGAAGGGUAUUCGAUCUUCGUGGUGCGGGAUUUAGCCGCGGCGGCGUUGCCGGAGAUGCUCGGGCAAAACGGCGAAUACGGCGAGUGGUUGACGGAGGAGGAAUGUCUGCGGUUGACGAGCGAAGCGGAGACAGCGCAAGCAUCGGGACGUGCGCGACUUGCAGCUGAAAGUGCGAUGAAGACGCUGAGCGAUGGGCCGUCGCGGUUGGUGGUGGAUGGUGGCGUCGCGAGCGACGUCGUCGACUUGACGGCGGAUAGAGAGUUGCAAGCCGCUCUGGAGGCGAGCAUGGAGGAUUACGGCAAGCUUGACGCAUCGGGUACCGAUACCGACGCCGAUCUCAAAGCGGUUCUGGCGGCGAGCUUAGAAGAGAUCGAAGGUGGCGAUGCGUCCAUCGAAGCCGCGAUCGCCGCGAGCUUGCGAGACGAAGAGGCGAAGAUGGACGUCGACGUCGCGCGAUUCGCCGAAGAGCCCGACGCGGGCGACGGAAUCGUGUCGCUCGCGUUUCGACUUCCCGACGGUGACCGCAUCGCUCGUCGCUUCGCGUGCGCGAGCUCGAUCGCAGACGUUGAAAAGUGGCUCGAAGUCGCCAAGCGUUUGGACAUGCGCAGCAACUGUCUCGCGCUCGCGUUUCCGCCGCGCGCGCUCGCGGACGCCUCGACGUCCAUUCGAGACGCCGGCAUCACCGAUCGCGAAGUUCUCGCCGUUCGUCCACGACCGUGA